AUGCUCUCCCUGACAGCGCCGGACAGCCAUGGUCUUCUAAGAGCUGAAGCAGCACUCUUCGUUGAGCAGCACCUCUUACCCGAUCCAGGUCUUGGGAUUGCUGUGAAACGUGGCGAAGAGGCUGAUGCUGAAGACAUUGAGCGCCAUUUCACCACGGAGCAUGGAUUGAUCGCAGUGGCAGACUUUUUGACCAGCUACCUCAAGGAUCAUUUGCUUCAUUUGUCCCGUCGCUUCGUGGAGGCGCUUUGGGUGCGUACGGAUUGCUUUCGCCGGUGGGCUGCCCUGGCGGAUUUGUGCCUCCUGGGAGAAGGGCAAGGCGCUGCAAGAGGUGUUCCUUGCCUCCCGAAUCGACAACGCCUUGCCCUACUCUUUGUUUUAGAUGGAGCCUUACACUGUGCAGAGGCACCAAAAGAUGCCACAGAAGCAUUGCUGCCACGAUUACCAAGACUUUUCGAGCUCUUCGCAUCCGAGGAGGGAAGCUUCCCGGAUGUUUUGGCAUCGAUCACCCGCCGUAUGAUUUGCUCGGCCUGUCGACCAGGAGAGUCUGAGGUGCCCUUGCCCCGCGCGCUCUUGGUGCCUGUGGUCACUGCCCUGAAGAAGAGCAGAUCGAAGCGCUGUGGGCAAGCCGAUCUGGCUGAAGCGCUGGCAACCUGGGCACAUAGGCUGGGCGAUUAG